CCUCACCCUCGAAAACUGGAGGACUUGGACAUGCUUGCUCAACACCUGAGUGAACUUGUGGUCGUCUCGGGCCAUGUCCCAAACGACCGAGAAAGAAGCGAACGGGAGCGAGCAGAGAGAAACGAGAGGGAACGUGCCGACAGAAACGAGCGGGAGAGACAAGACAGAGCCGAAAGGGACCGGGAGCGAGCAGAGAGAGACCGGGAGAGGGAACGCGAGCGAGAGAGAGACCGGGAACGCGAAAGGGAACGCGAAAGGGAAAGGGACAGAGAAAGGGAGAGAGAGCGUGAGCGCCGAGAACAAGAUAGGAGUCGCCAGAAUGGUGGAGGUAGUAAACAUGACUCCCCUGCACCUCCAGCUGUUAUAGAGGAUGACUCCAGUGAUGAAGAUGAAGAAGGACGUGUACGAAAUGACGGAACUCUUCUGGCUUCAGAUCCACCAAAGCCUCUGUUCGACUAUUCCACUUUCAGGCCUCCAGAGGGCGCCCUUCCUCAUACAGCAUUACAAGGACCUCCUCCAAAUAGGCCCCUUCCACCCACACCAGAUGAUGAUGACUCAGGAGACCGAACGCUGAUCAUGCGGAGGGGUGUCCUUGGAUGGAGACCUUAACUCUGCUGGUGGCUCUGGUAGAGAACCCCCUAGACAUGAGUGGAACCAACGUAGAGAAAAGACAGACGUGGAUCUGCGACGUGCCGAGCUGCGGAACGAGUUGGAGCGAUGGCGUGUGAAUCCUCAGGAAGGACGUAGCCGAGACAGUGUGAGCAGCCAACAGUUGCCAGCCCACCAGGAUCGGUCUCGUGUGGCAGAGCCCUCGUCUGGAAUGAGCACACCUGGUUCGCGCACGUCCUCAGUUCUUCCUGAUCUCUUGCCACAAGCAUCCAAUAGUCCUAAUGGAUCGCGCCACGACAAGUCCACUAGUGAAGAGUACCGACAAGCAGUUGGUAAGGGUACUCCUCCUCAACUUCAGAAAAAACAGCUGUCUUUCAUGGCCUUCGGUUUCGGUGCUGGAGGAACGGGUCCUGGCAGGCGAGAGUCCCAUAUCAACAUCAAUGUAGCUCCAACGUCGCAUGAAAUCAACGACACUCCAGAAAUUAGGAAAUACAAGAAGAGAUUCAAUUCUGAGAUCCUCUGUGCUUCUCUAUGGGGAGUUAACUUGCUGAUUGGCACCGAAACUGGUCUUAUGCUCCUUGACCGGUCAGGUGUAGGUAAGGUAUAUCAGCUAAUCUCUCGACGAAGGUUCCAGCAAAUGGAGGUGCUCUCUGACCAGAACAUCUUGGUCACUAUAUCUGGGAAGAAGAACCGUGUGAGAGUCUACUAUCUCUCUUGGCUCAAGUCCAAGAUCCUUCGCACAGAUGCUCAACAAGUUGAACGUCGCAAUGGAUGGAUCAAUGUUGGAGACCUUCAUGGGGCAGUUCACUUCAAGAUCGUCAAAUAUGAGCGCAUCAAGUUCCUGGUCAUAGCCUUACGUGACUCUAUUGAAAUUUAUGCAUGGGCUCCUAAACCUUAUCACAAAUUUAUGGCAUUUAAGAGUUUCGGAGAGUUGGUCCAAAAGCCUUGCCUCGUAGAUCUGACGGUGGAGGAAGGAUCCCGACUCAAAGUGGUAUAUGGCUCUAACCAAGGAUUCCAUGCUGUUGAUGUUGACUCUGGACAAGUUUAUGAUAUAUAUAUCCCAAAACAUAUCCAAGGCAGUAUCACACCACACACGAUAGUAACAUUACCAAAUAGUAAUGGUCUACAACUACUUAUCUGCUAUGACAAUGAAGGAGUUUAUGUAAACACAUAUGGAAAGGUUUCUCAAUCCCUUUUUAUUGUUCUCCCAGAAGUAGAUGGGGUUUCAGCCAUUGCUUAUGGAUAG